AUGCACGAUACAGUAUUGAAACCAGUGUAUUACUAUCCGGGAGAGAAAGUUAGGAUUGAGUGUGUUAUGUGUAACAUUGCUCUGGUAUUGAAUGGAAACCCGAAAGGAUGGGCACGAGUUAGAAAUAUUGAUGAUUUUAUGGAGAAGGGCGAAACGUUUGGAUCCAAAGAUGGUCCCGAUAUAGAAAUGGUGCAGAAUGCUGAUUUUUUAGAAGAUGAAACGUAUUUUCGGGCGAAUGUCAGAUCUCAAGGUGUCUAUUUCUGUUUUGAUGAGGAUUCUGUCGCUUCACAAAGAUAUUUUCAUGUUCUUAUUGCGAUUCUUCCAGUGCGCCAUGUGUCAAAUAAACACAUUAACAAAAUUAAGGAAAUCUCAAACGGCUGCUCUUCUUCUGCUCGUAGUUUUCCCGACCACUUCUGGAUCGAUACUAAUGAAGCGGAACGUUUUGAUGAUCAGGAAACGUGUUUCGCGAGAAAUGGUUUAAAUGAUUGGUCCUGUUACGAUUUCAGAACGUCGAUUAGAGAACAAGGUUGUGAGAAUCCCGCAUCAUCUUGUAGAUUGCCCAUUUCGUUCCCGACUCUUCCAGCAGGAAUUCCUAUUUCGAUCUCCUUGGAAUGGUCGCCUUGGUCCGACUGCAGGAAUACAGUACAAACAAGGAAAGGAGUUUGUUUCAUUUCAUUGGACCGACAAAUCUCUCAAUCUGAUGUCUUGUCUGAGAAAUAUAAUUGGUUAUGGAAAUUAAAUCGAAUGACCAAUAACUUGGCAUUUCGAGAUGGGCUACCGAUUUACAACUCAUUACUGGCUAGCUGGCUAUACGAAGUGGAUAGUUUAGAAUCAUGCCUCGAUACGGAAGCAGCAAAAAAUGGAAGUAUUGAUGGGUACGAUGAUUUUUUCAAAAACGUGCUCAACUCCGUUUUCCCCAAUAAGACAAGAAAGUUCGAAACGCCGGAGAGUGCGUUGAAAUACUGCAUAAAAUACGAGAAACUAGAUGAAAAAUACGAUUCUCUACGAGGAACUCAUACAGAAGACAAAAGAUCAUGUCGAAUCGGAAAAAAUUAG